GAAGCAUACACACGCCAUACCGCUAGGUAGUUGGCAAACAAACCUACGAUAACCUGGCGUACAAUAUAACAGACGCUAUCUACAGUCAAACGACCUAGUUGGCGUAAAGCUUCAGCCAAGUGCACUACGCAAAAUGACGACCAUCGUAGUGACGAACCCGCAGGUCGGCCCCGACCCGAUGACAAUCACCUGCCCAUCCUGCCAUGCUACGGUACGCACGAAAGUGAAGCACGAAUCGACGACGUCGACUCACGCCUGCGCCCUACUGCUGUGGAUCGUGUGUUGGCCCUGUCUUUGCCUACCGUACUGCUGUAACUCGUGCCGGGACGCCAACCAUUACUGUCCAAGAUGCAACACAUUCAUCGGCUCGUACAAGCAUUGAAGGACGAUCGCUGUUAAUGCAAGCACCCUUAGCUAGCCGUAAAUGAGAGUCAGCAAUCAUUAAUUAGCUGCUUCAGUUAAAAGUGAAAACUGUAUCGUUCUUGGGGUUAUCUAUUUCAUUACCAAGCCGUGAUAGUGCUAGCUAAUUACUGUAAAAAAUUAAAAUUCGUUAGUGAUUUUGAUAGCAAAAAAAAAGACGUAUGAUGAAGCAGGGAACUUUUACUUUAAGGUACAGAAACUUCCUAAUUUGUCUAAUAUAAUUCCCUUGCUUUGUUAUACAACAAAAUAAAUUGUUUUGAAUGAAUCACAUGUUCUCAAUA